AUGCAACCCGUCUCAUUACUAUUCUGCUUAGCAUUAUGGUCUAGCUCAGCACUUGCCUUCUUCCCAUUUGUACCAGAAUGGUUAGAUCUGGGUCCCGAGAGCGAGGCCAAGAGAGCUCCUUCGGAGGAGGACUCGGGCGUUGUCUUUGAGAUUCACCAGCGCAGGGGCAGGCCCGUCGCGUCUCAAGAGGUUUCACGCCUCGCUGCGAAAUACGAUCGUCAUGGAGCUCUCGCACGCCGCAAAAACUCAUAUGCUGUAACCACUGCCACCACUCCGACCACCAGCAACGCGGCUGGCAUUAACCAGGAUGGCACCGACUACUCGUACUUUGUUCAAGUUGGGCUCGGUUCUAAAGGAACUAAGCUCUACAUGCUGGUCGACACGGGAGCCGGCUCUAGCUGGGUCAUGGGCACCGACUGCUCCAGCGACGCAUGCACCAAGCACGAUACUUUUGGCUCUGGGCAGUCCGACACCCUCACCAUUAGCGACAAGGACUUCGCCGUGGCCUAUGGAUCUGGAAAGGUCAGUGGCAAACUUGCUACUGAUACAAUUGCGCUUGCCGGCAUAAGCAUGAAAUAUCAGUUUGGUCUCGCCUCCACCACCUCGGACGACUUCAAGGACUUUGCAUUUGACGGCAUCCUGGGCCUGUCCAUGGGUGGCGGAUCUAGCGCCAACUUCCUCACUACACUGGCCUCGUCUUCCUCUAUCAAGAGCGCCGUCUUUGGCAUUUCCCUUAGUCGUGCUGCUGAUGGCGGCACGUCUGGUGAGAUCAAAUUUGGGGGCACAAAUUCGGCCAAGUACUCUGGUGACAUUACCUACACCUCUCUUGCAUCCAAGAGCGGCGAUUGGGCCAUCAAUCUUGAUGACAUGUCCUUCGACGGUAAAAAGGCUGGUGUUGGAGGCAAGUUUGCAUAUAUCGAUACCGGCACAACCUACAUUUUUGGUCCCGCGAGCAUCACCGACAAGCUUCAUGCCAUCAUUGACGGCUCUAAGAAGCAGGGCGCGUACUACAGUGUACCUUGCGACACGACGACACCCAUCACUGUUACAUUUUCUGGUGUCGAUUACCAAAUCCCUGCCAAGGAUUGGGUCGCACCAAAGGAUAAGGACGGGAACUGUUUUAGUAACAUCUACGGCCAGGAAGUCGUCAAGGAUUCCUGGCUGAUAGGUGCCACCUUUCUCAAAAACGUUUAUGCCGUCUUUGAUAAGGAUGGUAGCAGAAUAGGAUUUGCAAAGACUUCUGGUUCGGGUUCUUCUGCUUCUUCUACGUCAUCUUCUGCUACCCCCUCGGGAUCCUCGUCAGUGUUUUCAUCAUUGUCUUUAUCAUCAUCAUCUCUAGGCCCAACUUCUAACUCGGCCACACCUACUAGUAGUCCGUCAACCCUAGCCACCAAAACUUCGUCGGUGGGUGCAUCUGCCAGCAAGCCUUCACUUGGUCUUACUGGCCAGGAAAGCACUGGUUCUUCUGGCAGCCCAACUGCCUCAGGGGCCGAGGCCACCAAAACUGGUGACAAGGGCAACGGAGCGGCAUCUGUACUGGGUGCUCAAGGCGCUCAGCUUGCCUCCAUUGUCGGCGUCGCUGCUGUUCUCUUAUUAGUAUAG